AUUAUAGUAGUUGGAACAAAUACUUACUUAUCCAGCAAUUUCAUUACACAGAGGGACCGUCACCAAACCAAGAAGACUCGCCACCACUAUUAAAGCCAAAAAAAGAGAGAGAAAUACGGACCCUUUGCAUCUAUCUGCAUGUACUGUUUCGACCUUGACAAAGGAACAAGAAAGCAUCAAUCUUUAUUGAAUUAAGUUUUGAGGUCAUGGCAGCAGCAACAGCGGAGGCAGCCAGAUCUUCUUCAAGUAGUGGUGGAGGGGCAUCAGCUGAUUCCUAUGUAGGUAGCUUGAUUAGCUUGACUUCAAAGUCUGAGAUUCGUUAUGAAGGCGUUCUUUUUAACAUCGAUACUCAAGAAUCCACCAUCGGUUUAAGAAAUGUAAGAUCAUUUGGAACAGAAGGGCGGAAAAAGGAUGGUCUACAAGUUCCUCCAAGUGAUAAAGUUUAUGAGUUCAUACUCUUCCGAGGAACUGAUAUCAAGGAUUUGCAGGUCAAAUCUUAUCCACCUGUUCAGACUGCAACACCAGUACACAAUGAUCCUGCAAUCAUCCAGUCUCAGUAUCCUCAAGCAACAACUGCAUCCAUGAAUUUGCCUUCUUCUGCUAAUGGACCGCUAACAGAUCCAAGUUCCCAUGCUUCAUCCAAUGGUCUUCCCAGGGCAACAUUUCAAGGGAGUCUUCCCCAAUAUCAGCCUGGUGCAAGUUUAGAACCGUGGGGUUCGUCACAUCUUCCUCCAACCACAAACACUAGUGGGCUUGCCAUGCCAAUGUAUUGGCAGGGAUACUAUGGGCCCUCAAAUGGAGUUCAGGCCCCGCAGCAAGCUUUGCUUCGACCCCCUCCCAACUUGUCAAUGCCACCUUCCAUGUUGCAAUAUGUUCAGUAUCCUGCCAUGAAUGCAUCCAACACUUCAGCUUCUGCACUCUCAGAAAACCCCCCUCCUUUGUUGCCACCAUUAAAUUUACAGACUUCUACCCUUCCAUCACGGUCUUCUGCAAUGGUUUCAGACUCAGCAAAUUUAAUUCCUGAUAGGGUUUCUACUCAAAAUCUUCCUAGUAAAUUGCCAUUGGCUUCCCCAUUGACCACUGCUGUAGAUAAAAUUGCCAUUGCACCAUCAGGUUCUGACAUACCCAAGACAGUGCCAGAUCCAAUAAUGCCUUUUAAAAGUAUUUCUGAACCUCCAACCUCCAUUAUGAGGGCAUCAAGUUCAGUUAUGAACGAGGGAAAAACACCUUCUCUAGUUACGCCAGGCCAACUUUUGCAGCCUGCCCCCCCUAUAAUGCCCUCACUGCAGUCUUCACAUAUAGCUCAAAAGGAUGUUGAGGUGGUGCAGGUAUCAUCACCAGAAUUGUCAGCACCACCACCAACAACAGCUGUGACUGAAGUACAGGAAUCCAUAUUACCCCUACCUUCACAACCUGAACAUAAGGUAUAUGGAGCUCCUAUGUACACUUACCAAAGUAGUAGAGGAGGACGUGGAAGGGGAAGAGGAAAUGAGAUUGCACGUUCUGCUACCAGAUUUGAGGAGGAUUUUGAUUUUACAGCAAUGAAUGAGAAAUUCAACAAGGAAGAAGUAUGGGGUCACCUUGGUAAGAGUCACAAAGCUCAAGACAGGGAUGAUUUACUAGAUGAAGAUGAUGUUGGAUCGUCAAAACAUGAGGCCAAGCCUGUUUAUGUGAAGGAUGACUUUUUUGAUUCCAUUUCGUGUGGUGCUCUUGAUGGUGGAUCACGCAAUGGGAGGGCUAGGUUUUCCCAGCAGUCAAUAAGAGAUACCAAUGCAUUUGGUAAUUUCUCCCACCAUCGGGGUGGUCGAGGUGGCUGGGGACCUGAUCGGGGUGGUCGAUCACAUGGUGGUUAUUAUGGAAGAGGUUAUGGCUAUGCUGGUCGUGGUAGAGGUUAUGGCAAUGAUGCCUUCUAAUUAUCACUCGAGUUUAUAGUGUAAUAUUUGGUGAUAUUUAGUUCCUGUCGAAGUCAUCUCACACCAACCGACACUGAGUUUGUAGGGUAAUGGUUGGUUUGGUGCUUGGAGUUUGCAAUGCAGUGAUCAGGUGUAACCUGUCACCUAAUGGUAGUGCCUGGCCGAAUUGGAGAUAUCCAUAAAUGGCGAUGUAACUUUUUCUCUGGUUGCUUGGAAAUGUACUGAAAAUAAACAAAAGAACAUAUUUUGUUGAAUGACUAAUUUAUUUGUGGAGUUCCCCCACCUUUUAUGUA